GAGCAGAGGAAGGGCAUGACCAUAUCCGGAUGAGGAAUGUGAAGGAUAUGACGUCGGGAGAUGGUAAGCCCUCACGUGAUUUGCCAAGAAAGGAAGUCAAAGACGCGAGGUGUCCAUCUCGACCCCUUUGCCCACCACAUCGAGGCCCUGCACUCGUAUUAUAUGCGUCAGCACAUCCGCGACAACGAGAUUGUUGACCGGUGCGAACCAACCAACACUUGCUACACGUGUGAGGGUGCGGCGGCGGCAGAGACGGAGAUUAGGGGAAUUGGCAAUUACCUUAAAUCGCCCACUACUGCACCCCGGAUUCCAAAACCCGGGAUCAUCCUGGCCAAUCCUCCGCAAAAUGCUUGGUCGCGAAGGGGGGGACGCGUGCUGUGCUGGCAACGGCAAGCGACUGGAGUGGGCAAGGGGACAACGCAUCUCGAAUCCCAUGCAAUAUGAGCCAUGCAGGGUGUCUUGUGUUCCUCCUCGUUCAGCCCAGCCCAGCCGCCAGCCUUCAGCCGUGGAGGGGGCUGGGCUGGAGGCGUCGAACGCCACGGCGCUCGCUUCAUUUCCCACACCCGCCGCUAAUCGUCACGAUCACGAACCCCAUCACCAAUUAAUUGCGAAGAAUCUAAUCGUCAGCUACAUUACUGCAUCCACUUCCGACGUCCCCCUUCUGGACCAGUGCCUUGGAAUUCCCGAGGGGCGCACAAAAGCAGGUCCCAGCGGGCGACACGAGUUCCUGCAUUUCCAACGUCGCGCAGCUUCCUGCACCGCUACUGCAACUUCUUCCUGCGCUAUUGACAGGGAUCCCCAAUCGCCCGGCCAGAUCAGCGUGGCGCCGCGCCCACCUUAUCGGCCGUGUCGGCAUCAUACUUGCACCACAUCACCUUUUCCCUCACCUCCACCACUUCUUCUGAACUUCCGCUCCUCCUCCAUCUCCGCCGCGCCGUCUCCAUCUCGCAAGGCUGGUCGCCCGUCGAGCGCAUCGUGGUACGCUAGAAACCUUAAUCUCUCUCCCCUGCCACGAUCACCGCACCCGCCCCAUCUCAUGGUAUGGUAAUUUGCGAGACUGAUUCCCGUUGCACACAGCCCUUUUUCCCUUUGGCAACCUGUCUAGAUCAUGGCGACUUUGGCACACCGACGGUGAUAUCACAUCGAAUUUCCCCUUCAUGCUGCGACUGCACCUCUCCACCUGCAGAGGUCGGCAGCUAUAGCAAUGGAUCCCAC